AUGAUACCAAGUUACGAUCCAACCAAUACAGAAGCUGGUCUAAAGCUUCUCGAGAAUCUAACCACAAAUGCAGAUACGAUCCAACAACAUGUUCUCCACCAAAUACUCUCUCAAAACUAUGGAACCGAGUAUCUCAAAUCGUUUCUUGAUAAAGAGUCCGAUAAGAAUCAAGAAAGCUUCAAGAACAAAGUCCCGGUGGUGGAUUACGAGGACAUGAAGCCUUUCAUCCAAAGAAUCGCUGAUGGAGAUUCAUCUCAUAUCCUCUCUUCUCAGCCCAUCAUUGAGCUUCUCACUAGCUCGGGUACUUCUGGUGGCAAGCCGAAGCUGAUGCCUUCUACGGCUGAAGAACUGGAUCGGAAGACGUUUUUCUACAACAUGCUUGUCCCCGUCAUGAAUAAGUUUGUGAAUGGACUAGAUGAAGGAAAAGGAAUGUAUCUUCUGUUCGUAAAACCAGAGAUCAAGACUCUUUCUGGUCUAAAGGCACGUCCUGUGUUGACAAGUUACUACAAAAGUCAACAAUUCAAGAACAGGCCUUUCAACAAGUACAAUGUUAUCACUAGUCCUAACGAGACCAUUCUUUGUGAGGACAGUAAGCAAAGCAUGUAUUGUCAGCUUCUUUGUGGCUUAGUCCAGCGAUCUCAUGUCCUAAGACUUGGUGCUAUCUUUGCCUCUGCUUUUCUCCGAGCAGUCAAGUUCUUGGAGAAUCAUUACACUCAGCUCUGUGCCGACAUCAGGACUGGUACUGUCGCCAGCUGGAUCACUGACUCGUCAUGUCGAGAGUCUGUUUUGUCGAUCCUUAAUGGUCCAAAUUCUGAUUUGGCUGAUGAGGUUGAGGCUUUGUGCUCUGCUAAGUCAUGGGAAGGGAUCUUGAGAAGGAUAUGGCCUAAGACCAAGUAUAUAGAGGUGAUUGUUACUGGCUCAAUGGCUCAAUACAUUCCGACACUCGAUUUUUAUAGCGGAGGUUUGCCUUUGGUUUCGGUAAUGUAUGCUUCCUCUGAGUGUUUCUUUGGUAUCAACAUUAAUCCUCUGUGUAAGCCAUCUGAUGUUUCCUACACACUUCUUCCUAACAUGGCUUACUUUGAGUUCUUGCCUGUCGAUGAAAAAUCACAUGAAAAGAUUCACUCUGGAUCGUAUAAUCUUAAGGACGACCAAGGUCGUAUUGUCGAUCUUGUUAAUGUUGAAACCGGUCGAUACUAUGAACUCGUCAUCACCACAUUCGCAGGUUUAUACAGAUACAGAGUAGGAGAUAUUCUGAAGGUUACCGGUUUCCACAACAAGGCACCUCAGUUCAGUUUCGUGGAGCGAAGAAAUGUUGUCUUAAGCAUCGACACAGACAAAACCAGUGAAGAAGAUCUAAUGAAGGCAGUGGCACAAGCCAAACCCUCAAGCUUCUUGCUCACUGAGUACACGAGCUAUGCGGACACGUCUUCAAUCCCAGGGCAUUACGUGCUCUUCUGGGAGCUAAGGCCACGUCACAAAGACGACCCACCAAAGCUAGACGAGAAGGUGAUGGAGGAUUGUUGCUCCGAGGUGGAGGAUUGUUUGGAUUAUGUGUACAGGAGAUGCAGGAACAAAGACAAAUCAAUAGGUCCAUUGGAGAUAAGAGUGGUGAGUUUUGGUACUUUUGAUUCGUUAAUGGACUUUAGUAUCUCUCAAGGAUCUUCAGUGAAUCAGUAUAAGACUCCAAGGUGUGUGAAAUCUGGAGGAGCUCUUCAGAUUCUUGAUUCCAGAGUUAUUGGGAGGUUCUUCAGUAAAAGGGAACCUCAAUGGGAACCACUUGGUUUAGAUUCUUAG